AUGAGUACCGGUUUAUUGUUACUAAGGGACAUUGUGAAACCGACUGUGAUCCUAACAUGGAAUGAAAUUCCUCAAAAAGUAGUACCAAAUUUCUUUGUAAGAAAUUCACUUGCAAUGGAGUUUGCUUAUAGUAACUUCUUCAAAUCCUCCUUGGUAUGCUACAACGAAAAGAACGUUAGCGAUGCCAAGCCAACAAGAACUUUAUUAGAAAAUGUAAACAUAAUUUUCUCUUCCGGGACCUUGAUUUGGAAAUAA